AACACUUUCUUACACUUCCUUCUUUCUUCUCUUCUGAUUGCUUUCCUCUUUCUUCUCUCACUUCUGCAAAACAAUACAAGGCUUGUGGGAUACAUAAAAACCUCUAGUUCUACUAGAUAUAUAGCUUCAUUCCUUUUCAUCCCUUAUUAAUACCACCUUUAUUUUUCUAUAUCCAUCUCCAUCUCUUAUCUAUUGUUCAAUCAAGAGACAGAGAGAAAGCACACGACUUAAGGGCUAUUUUCUUGAACUAUUGUAGAGUUACAGCUAGCUAAUAAGUAAAAACCGACAAGAAAAUGUCUAACAGGAGAUCAAGACAAUCUUCAAGUGCUCUGAGGAUCUCCGAUGACCAGAUGAUCGACCUUGUUAGUAAGCUUUGUCAACUUUUGCCCGAGAUUCGUGAACGGCGCCGUUCUGAUAAGGUGUCAGCAUCAAAGGUACUUCAUGAGACAUGCAACUAUAUAAGAAAGCUGCAUCGAGAAGUUGACAAUCUCAGUGACCGUUUGUCGCAGCUCCUGGACGCCGUUGAUGAAGAUAGCCAUGAAGCUUCCGUCAUUAGAAGCUUGCUCAUGUAACCUUCCAAUAUAUGUACUUAUUAUAAUUUUUCCAAUAUAUAUUUAUUAUAUCUGUAUUCGUGAUUGUCCUUAAUAUAUUUAUUAUAAACUUCUG